CACACGAUCGCGGUAAGCAUGGAAGCAACUGCUUCUACCGACGAGUACGAACAUACCGCAGCGGAUGUUAUGUAUGUAAUGAAUAAUAUACCGGGGCCUGGCAUAGAUACAGCGGACUUUGAGGCCGAAUACUCUGUAGGUUGUCCCUGCCUGGUCGAAUGUUACAAUUGUUCGUGUACACGCGGUUCUGCUAAUUAUUCUAAUGCUCGAAUUGUCGAUGAAAAAUUAGCUGGUCCGAUAUUCGAAUGCAAUGCUCAUUGCACAUGUGGACCAAAUUGUGGAAAUAGAUUAAUACAGAAUGGUCCGUUGAAUUGUUUAAUUAUUAGAGAUAUCGCUGGCAAAGGUCUCGGUCUUUUCACGACUAAAUUAAUAAAGAAGGGUCAAUUUAUUUGUGAGUACGCCGGUGAAGUGAUAGGUUUGCAAGAAGCGCGACAUAGGAUCGAAGCGAAUAAGCGGUACAAUACGAUGAAUUAUGUUCUCGUAGUCUCGGAACAUAUUGGUAAUAAUCGUAUUAUUGUAACUUGUAUAGAUCCGAAAUAUUUUGGUAAUAUUGGACGAUAUGCUAAUCAUAGUUGCGAUCCGAAUUCUAGCCUCGUUCCAGUCAGAGUAGAGGGAAUUGUGCCUCGAUUAUGCUUGUUUGCGUCUAGAGAUAUAGAGAAUGGAGAGGAAGUGACUUUUGAUUAUGCUGGUGGUGCCAUGGCUAAUUCCGUCCAUUGUCUCAGCGAUACUCCUUGUUUUUGUGGGUCUAACAAUUGUUUCCAAUUUUUACCACAUAAUCAAAUUGGACAGCAUGAAAUUUUUGCGAAUGACAUCGUAACAAUGACAGAGACAUAAAGGCUCGAAAUUGAUAUCAUAAAGAUGUAGUCCAGAUGGAUUUUAAACUAAAGAUAGCUAUGUCUUAAAAUUUAAUAUUAUAAAAAUCAAAAAAACAAGUAUAACAUUAGAUCAAAAUCAUUAUAAAUAAAUAU